UUCCCUUGCUGACUCCAAGCUCACGGCCACAUCUCUGUGUCUGCACGUCGCUGUUUUUCCCCCCUCUCUCUCAGCUCAGCAGCAGCAGCAGCUGAAGUCUAUGUUCAUUGCUAACCUGAUCAACCCAGGAUGUGGCUUCUCUGUGUCGUCACACCCAGAUGUUUUUCCAGGCCACGCCCCCAUGGGGCUCUGAAACACUCGGAGAAGCAAUAACGGGGAAAGCUUAUUCUACUGUCACAAUGCAAUGGAAGGGUUAGAGAAACUACAUUUUUGUUAUUUCAUGGCACUCUAGAAGAUCAACGUUAAUUCUUACUUCAAGCAACAAGCUGCCAUACUUAGGAUUUUCUCUCCUUUCCCCCCUUCACUGGACUUUAAAUGCUUUUUCUCUUUAGUGACAAGCCGAGUGCAGUCUUCACGAACAGAGUGCAUUUAUGAUAGCAGCUUAUUCAGACCUCGCUUCUACAAAGGGAUCCUAAGAAACAGGAGGAGAAAAGUCUGCUUCUAUAAUUUUUUUAAAGGGGAAAAAGUGCAAUUUUUUGGAACACCUAUGAAAAAUGGCAACAGCAGCAUACGUGGAUCAUUUUGCAGCCGAGUGCCUUGUUUCUAUGUCCAGUCGUGCUAUUAUCCACAGUCCCAAAGGGGACGCAGAUCCCCGACCUGAUGCAGCAGCACCUCCUCCUCUCUCCAAUGGAGAAAAAAAGUGGGAAGUAAAAGAGACCGGGAAAGACAAUGGAUCGUCGCUCUUUGUGGUGGCCAGCAUUUUAGCAGAUCUCAACCAGCACGUCCCGAACUCCGCUGCCAUUCGGAUGGAAAAAAUAGACAGCAUCGAUAACAGGGAAAAACUAAGUCCUUUUCCUCCUCAAGAGUUUGGUGAGGAAAGUGUCUCCCCAGCCGACAAGCGUGGAGAAGGAAAAACAGCCACACCUACUAGCCUGGCUGCAGUAAGUGAGCCAAGCCCUAAACAAAGGAGCAGACGGGGAAGAAACCGGGCUGACCCUGAGUCACCCCAGAAAAAGCACAAAUGCCACUACGUGGGGUGUGAAAAAGUUUAUGGCAAAUCUUCCCAUCUCAAAGCUCAUCUAAGGACCCAUACAGGAGAGAGGCCUUUUGAAUGCAGCUGGCAAGAAUGCAACAAGAAGUUUGCCCGCUCUGAUGAGCUGGCUCGGCACUACCGUACUCACACUGGAGAGAAGAAGUUUGGCUGCCCGCUCUGUGAGAAGCGCUUCAUGCGCAGCGAUCAUCUGACGAAGCAUGCCCGUCGCCAUGCCAACUUCCACCCCAGUAUGCUCAAGAGGCGGAGUGGCAGCAACUCCAGAACAGGGUCUGUCAGUGACUAUAGCCGUUCGGACGCAUCGAGCCCUACCAUCAGCCCUGCCAGCUCCCCGUAAACCUACCUGCACUAGAUGUCAGCACUUUGCCUCUGACACUUCUUGUGGAGUUGAAUUUGUGUUGCACACGGUUUUAAAACUGUCGCUUGUUUUGUUAUGGUUUUUUUUAAUCAGUAAGUAGCUGCCUCUCAGUACAACUUCAAAACAAAAACUUCACCUCGUCAAACAGGUGGCUGGUCUAACCUCAUGGACAGAUGGAUCUUAAUAUCUCACUUAGUGACUCCUGCUGCCUCAAUAUUUCAACAUUUCAUGUUUUACAGCUAUACGCAGAUACUCUUGUUUUUAUACAUAUAUAUAUUAUAUAACCUAGAAAACCUUAAAACCCCAUCCGUAAUUCACCUCAGGUUUUCCAAGCAGUUCUGAGAGAUCGGAUUGCACAACACAAGCAAACCUACAGUUUUACAAUUCACUUGUGUUGAACUUUAUAUUCCCCCUCUUCUUUCUCAGGGAUGCUAUUUAUAUUACACAAUAAAUACAAUGAAGACAUACCUUUACCACAAUCUUACUUGGUAAAUAUAUUUGCACUCGGAAGCAUUUUGUUAAGAUUUUUUUUCUCACACACUGGGGGAAAACACAAACAAACUAGUACUGGAAGUUAGUGCCGGGCCCUUUUCUUGCUUUAUUUCAAUGACAUACUACCUUUUGAGGCUGCCCUCUUUUUCAUCCAGCUGCCCUUUGCUACAGAAAGCAAACAAUCCUUUUAUUUGUCACUGCAGAUGCUCCAAAAACCAGCUUCCUGUGGCAAAAAUCUUCCUGUCCAAGUUGGAUACAUUUUUCUGUGAAAAGAUUUCUUAACGAGAUGCCUUAAUCAAAUAAUCUAAACACAAGGAAACACAUUUACACUGGGUAACAGCAUUACUAGCAAGGGGGUAUGGAAUUUUGGAGGCAUUUUGUCGUCUCUCUCCCUAAGUUAUAAGCUCUCCCUUCACUGUCUAUAGAAUAUGGGACCAACAAAAUGUUAAAGCAAGCCACAUUGACUUGAACAACUUUCUUUCCCCUUUUUAUUCUUUUUAAAGAACUGAGAAAAUAUUGUAACUGAACCAGUGCCCAGCAAGGUACUUACCUACUGUACCUCUGAAUAUUAAGAUAAAGAAAUUGCUUAAGACAAGGUUUCUAUUCAUUGUUGCAUCAUAGCUAGUCAUGGAUAAAAGGAGACAUGUUUUUUUUAAAGUGUUACAAAAAUGGUGCUUUAGUUCAAAAAUAUUUCAUGCUUUUCUUUCACCCAUAGAGCAGCAUUUUAUAAAGCACUGUUCCCUACAUGUAUGAGACAUUGCAUAUUAAAAAGGGGAGUUUGAUUUUUUUAUUCAUUUUUAAUACUAGGCUACUUUAUCAGGUAUUUCUGUGCUUUACAAAUGGUAUAUCAUAUAGCAAAGGACCAGAGUACUGUGAUGUCACAGAAACCUCAUUGUCAGAAAAUAUACUUUGUUUGGAUUGGUUGGUUCAGAUGGUGCAUAUUAAAAAAAUCAGGUGCUUUUGGUUUUGGAUUUUUUCACAUUACUGUAAAGAAUACAUGCAGUCAAGUGUAGCACAGUAAAAAGACACUCAAUAUACCACAUCUGCUGUUUGAUAUAAAGUGAAUGCCUCCACAUUCCAAAGGAGUCUUGAUCCAUAUCUUACUUGCUGCUUUGCAUUCAUCCAAUUUUACUAGUUGUUAAAAAAAUUGUACUGUAUAUCAACUGUGAGAGGUUAUUACAUUAUAGAUUUGUAAGUAAUUUCAUAGGUACUUGCAUACCAUUUACAUUGUUGAUAAUACCAAAUGCUCUUUCAGUUGCAUGAUUGAUAACUACUUAAACAUAGGUUAAAGUGCAGAUAGUUCAGUAUUUUUCUGUAUAUUUGUUUCAAACUUCACCUUUAUAAAAACUUUUUUUUAUCGAAUUGUAAAACCACACAAGGCUGGGCAUUCUGUUGAAAAUGAUGGAUGGAAAAAGCCUUUAGAUAGAAGUCUGUUUAUUUUUUAACUUUUUUAACUUUUAACACUGUCAGUUUAGGGAAAGCCAUGUUCAUUUACUUCCCUAGUUACAACUGUUGUCAUCUGUACUGAUAAAAUACACAAUGUUGAUGUUUUGAUUCAGUUCAGGUAUCAGGAAUUCACUUAAUAGUUUUUGCAGCUCAUGAAAGUGCUUUUGUGCUGUAGUUAGUAAAGGGGCAAUAAAGGAAACCACCUGAUAAUUGUAUAGGGCAGUUAUGCCUAGGACACACACUUUUAAAACAGUUCCUUGGGUAUAAAAAUUACUUCUCUCAUCAUGAAUAAAUCUAACUAUAGGGAUAGUGAUACAGAAAAUAAAACCGAAGGGGAAAGGGUGAUUACAAAGUAUUCUUCAAAAAACAUGAUGGCUUUUAUGUUAUGGUUUCAAUUGGGUGGGUAUGCUUUAUUAUCUCCAAAGAGAACAUGAUUUUCUUUUUAGUUUUGUUGCAUAUGCAGAAUGCAAUUCCACUGCACUAUUUAGUACGUAGUGACACCGAUUUAAAAUAAAUGCAAGCUGACAGGGUAUAACUUUUCAGUAUGAAUUAAUGUAAUUCAGAUAGAGAUGUGGAUUAGUUUAUAAAUCAAAUGCUUAGACAGUCUCUGUCUGUCUAUAGUAAAAGUUUGUUCCUAUUGCUUUAGUAGCAAUGGAAGAGGAUAGUAAAAAUGUUCAGAAUAAAUUUUUCAAACAAACAAACUGUAUCUUUUAACUCCAUGUUCCCAAAAGGAUUUAGAUUCAUUCUGUAAAGUUAUAUAGAAGCAAAAAUAUGGAAUGCAAGCUGUUCUCAAUGAAAUUCCAACUCAACAAAGUCCUCUCAUGAGAAAAAAGCCAUGAGACCAAUUUUUAUUCUUAAUUUUGGGGAAGUAUAAAGAAAAUAAAACCUGCAUCAAACCUUCAAAACUUUUGAAUGUCUUCCACCUCAGAGAUAACAUUUUGUCAUGAAUAUUCAGAUGUCAUAUGUUAAGAAGUAGCUAUGGUUUCAAAACCUACAUAAAUGCUUUUUACUAAUGCCAGUUUAACAGCGACUCACACUAGUGCUUCUGUUAUUGGAUCAGCAAACCGAUUCAGAGAUAUAGUGAAGAAUCCCUUCCCCACAAUCGAGUCCAUUGCUUGUUUUAUAACUGAAUCUGAACAGCAGCACCUUUCUCUGGAUUCUCUUGGCUAACGAGACGGUCUGAGUUUUUCUAGCGAUUUUCCAGAAGCAGAAGUGGCAUCAGUAUCAUAAGACUCCAUUCUCAUGCCUCAAUUUUUGCAGAUUCAAGUAUUCUAGACUGUUCAGAUAAAGCAUUUGAAAUGGUGAUGCUUUUCCAAACUAUCCAACAUGCUGACUUAAAAACUGUCUCUCAUUAUUACACCCAAUACUGCACAUUCAAGCGAAAAAUUCUGCCCACUCUUCCGAGUCAAAUGCAUAUAUCUUUUCUUCCAAGCACAGAGACCCAGGCACUCAGCUGAUAUGGCUGGUCCUGAACAAUGAAAUUGCCUUGAGAUUUUAAUGUUUUGAUUUUACUCAAGAAUAAAUUCAUUAAUACAGGUUGAACCUCUAGUCUGGCACUCUCUGGUUCGGAAACAGCCAUAGUCUGGACUGAUUUUAGUUUGCCGAUUGUCCACUUAGCAUGGGUGUAGCCAAAUUUCCCAUGAACUUUAUUUACAGCCACAGUCCUGGCUCUCAGUGCUCUGUGGUGUUAAUUAGCUCUAAUUUACCCUUAAUUGUCCUCUAACAUCUCAGUAAGCAAUGGAAGUGUUGGGAAUGCUGCUAGACAAUAAUGACCUGCAAAUGGUCCAGCAAAUUGUCUGGUUCAGCACCAAUUAGGUUCACAGGGUGCCAGAUUAGAGAGAUUCUACCUCCAGCAGCAAGCAACAAAACCUUUAGGAUUUAUUUAUAGUUGUCCACAGUCCAGGUCCUAGCUCCUUUUGCACUUGUUAAACUGAAGUGCCGGCAUGUAUACUGAAAACAAUCAUUUAGUUUUUCUUGGAAAUUCUAAAGGUUGCCGUUCUCCUUUAAACACGCAUUAAACUAAACUUAAGUCUGAGUUAUAUUUAACUGUAAAUUACACACAGUUUGAUAUAAACUCUGCUUUAGAUUUGAUCAACAUUAAGAAGUUAAUUUUGUUGUCCAUCUGGAACUUGCAUGAUUUGAGGACAGUAAUGUGCUCCCUUCAUUUAUUUCUACUCAGAUACUUUUACAUAUACAAAUUAUUCUAGUCAACAGAAAAUUGCAAUAGGAUCCAUUGGACAUAGUUUAACUUCCUUUUGUCCAAAACCCAAAGUGCUUUAAUGGUCAUAAAACUUCAGUGUCCUGUUCUGCUUCCUAGAAAGGAAUCCAGUAUGUGACACACUAAGUAGCUGUGCUGUGUCGUAUGAGGUGCCCCCAUCCUUAAAGUCUGCAAACUAGUUCACUCCUAGUUUUUAGAGCAUUUAUUUGUUUACAUUGUGUAAUGGUAAAGGUAUAUAUUUAUAACAACAAAAGCCUAUGUUUGAUAGGAACACCUAAUUUCUGUAUGAAAUGACAUGUUUUCUAUAUGUACCCUACCUUCUUUACCAUGUUAUUACUUGCAAUAAAUUCUAGCCCUGCAACCUUCUGUACUGCUUUAAAACCUUGUAUUGAGAAGGUCAGUGCUCAAUGUUUUUAUAUGUUUUAUACAGCCUGUAUAAAAUCAGGUGUUGGAAACGGCCAUGUGAGUAGCUCACCAAGUCCUCAUUUAAUUUCAUCCCUGGCUUUCUUUGUACAGUCAGAGUAUCUGAUGUGAGUUUUGUACUGUGCGAAUUGUGUUAUGUUUCUGGGAACAUGGUUUAUGAACAAAGAAUAAGGAAAAUAGACUCUUUGUAUUUAAAGCUUGCCUUCUCAUAGUAACUUGCUUUGCUAAUUUCAACUAGUGAUGCCCACAAACGGACUUCCUGGUGCUCUGUUACUCCUGUAUUGCCUCAUGUUUGUAUAUAUAGAUGCUCAUGUGUAGAAUGACAAUGAGCAGUAUAAUGUCUUUCUAUAUUUUUUAAGCAUUGGGGAUGGCUAUAUAACCAACAGGUGGAAGAGUCCAUGACUGAGUAGUGUUUACCUCCCAAAAAGAAAAAAUAUAGAGUGCAAGAAACCAUAGUCGAGGGAAUGCCAACAGAGCAAUGCUAGGCAUCCAUUUUGUUACAACUAGUGAUGAGUCUGACCCCAAAUCCUUCAGACUUCAGGGGAGUUUGAAUCUCCACCUCAACCUUUGGGGCUUACUCCCAUCUUUAGUUACAAGUACAAUUAGUUGUGUAUGUACAUUGUGUGCGUGUGUGUAUCGCGUGUGUAAGCUUCUAUGCGCACACACAUUUAUAGACCUAUUUUUCACUUUUGGUGAAAUUUGAUGUUAUAAACAUCAUUUUUACCUGGACAGUUUUAUCAACAGCAUUUCAGUGCUUUCCUGGGUCACUUUUUACCUUUCUAAAUCACUACAUUGAAGUAUUACAGUUGUACAGUUAUAGGCUGAUCUAUUCUUGCUCUGCUGUAACUUUUUAUGUAUUUUGUACUGCAUAGAAUAUAUAUUGUAACAAUGUCCUAAGCAAAAAUAAAAUAAAAGAAAUAAAAUAAAAAACACAGUUGUAAAAUACCAUCUUAACUUGUAUGCAUGG